AUGUUGCCCUCCAGCCGCGUCCUCAUCGCACUCGCGCUCGCAGCCUCGGCGUUCGCGGCCUCCCCCACCUCCCCCCGAGUCGCACACGAGUCGCGCGCCGCUCCUCCACGCGGCUGGGCCCCCGUCGCCCGCGCCGACGCCGCCACCCGCCUCCCCCUACGCAUCGCGCUCGCCCAGCCCAACCUCGCCACCCUCGAGGCCGCCCUCCUCACCGUCUCCCACCCCUCCUCGCCCGACUACGGCGCCCACUGGAGCCCCGCCCACGUCGCCGAGACCUUCCGCCCCACGCCCGAGGCCGCCGCCACCGUGCGUGCGUGGCUCGCGGACGCCGGUGUCGCGGGCGCGCGCCUCAGCCGGAGCGGUGGCUGGGUCGAGACGGACGUGAGCGUCGCGGAGGCCGAGGCGCUGCUCGGGACGGAGUACUUCGUGUACCGGCACGCGGACGGGCGCGAGCAGCUCGCGUGCGAGGGGCGCUACAACCUCCCGGAGGACGUCGCCGCACACGUGGACCUCGUGCUCCCGACCCUGCACUUCGAUGCGAAGGCCCCCGGGAGCGAGCCGGUGGUGCACAGGCGGGACAAGGCGUCCAAGGCGUCCCAGGUCGGCCAGCCGGGCUUUGGCCCUAAUAUUUUCCAUGAGCUCGAGCAGUGUGACACGCAGAUCACGCCGGACUGCAUUCGCGCGCUCUAUGGAUUCCACUAUGAGCCGCGUGCGACCAGCAAGAACUCCAUCGGAAUUGUGGAAUACACACCUCAGCAAUAUGUUCCGUCAGAUAUGGACAUGUUCUUCACCAACUUUUCGACAUCCCAGGUCAGCCAGCGCCCUGUUAUGGAGAGCAUUGACGGCGGAAACAUCGACGUGGAUGGCGAAGGAUACGACAUCAACGCCGAGUCCAACCUGGAUCUGCAAUACGCGAUGUCGCUCGUCGGCAAGUCCCAGAAAGUCACUUUGUACCAGGUUGGAGACUUGUUCCGAGGCGCUUCUUUCAACACUUUCCUCGACGCCAUCGACGGCUCUUAUUGCACCUUUGAGGGCGGUGAUGACCCAACCCGUGAUCCUGACUAUCCUGAUCCCUACGACGGCGGCUACAAAGGCGAGAAUGACUGCGGGACCGUCUCGCCUGCCCAUGUGAUCUCGACCUCCUACUCCUACGACGAAGCCGAGCUCACACCCGCUUACAUGGAGCGCCAGUGCGCCGAGUACGCCAAGCUCGGGCUCAUGGGUGUCACCGUGCUCUACUCCUCCGGCGACUACGGCGUCGGGGGCUACGCUGACUACUGCCUCGACGACACCGGCGCACCCUCCUACGACGGCACACGCUUCUCGCCCUCCUUCCUAGCGGGUGCCCGUGAACCCGACGCGUCCGUGACGGACCCAGAGAGCGCGUGCGAGCAGGUGAUCUACUCCGGCGGCGGCUUCUCGAACGUCUUCGCGAUGCCGAGCUGGCAGAAAGACGCGGUGAGCGGCUACCUGACCAAGUACCCGCCGCCGCACCCGACGGAGCUGUGGAACGCGACGGGCUCGCGCGCGUACCCGGACCUGUCCGCGAACGGCGCGAACUACGUCGUCGCCAUCCAGGGCGAGUACUACUUCGUGUACGGCACCUCCGCGUCCGCGCCCGUCGUCGCCGCGAUGCUCUCCGCGGCGAACGACGCGCGGCUGGCGGUCGGGAAGAAGCCGAUCGGGUUCAUCAACCCCACUAUCUACUCGAAGGCGUUCACACACGCGUUCAACGACAUCACGAACGGGACGAACCCUGGGUGCGGCACUGUCGGUUUCUCGGCGAAGCCUGGUUGGGACCCCGUCACCGGCAUGGGCACGCCCAACUUCCCCGCGCUCCUCAAAGAGUGGCUUCUCCUGCCGUGA